ACGUAGUGGCUUUUGUAGCGUGACGUAGCACGUAAUGUUGUAUGCUGUCUGUUAAGCUAAUCGGCGUGUGUGUGCUGGUAGCUUCGACGUAGUUUACAACUAAGAUUGUAAGUUCAUCCGUAGCUGAAUAAUCACAUUGGCAGCAGCAUGAGUACGUUAUGGAUGGGGAACCUGGAGUCCUAUAUGGAUGAGAAGUUUAUCACCAGAGCUUUUUCCACCAUGGGUGAGCAGGUGGUUAAUGUGCGGAUCAUACGCAACAAGAUGACAGGUGUGUCGUCCCCCAGGGGUGCUCUGGGUUACUGUUUUGUGGAGAUGACAGACGAGGCCACAGCCGAGAGGUGUCUCCGUAAAAUCAAUGGAAAACCUUUGCCAGGAGCCAACCCGCCCACAAGAUUCAAGUUGAACCGAGCAACCUUUGGAAAACAGGACAGCGGUCAGAUGUAUUCUCUGUUCGUUGGAGAUCUAACUCCAGAUGUGGAUGAUGGGAUGCUUUAUGAGUUUUUUUACAAUCGUUACCCUUCCUGUCGUGGUGGAAAAGUGGUACUGGACAGCAUGGGCAACUCCAAGGGCUGUGGCUUUGUUCAGUUCCCAGAUGAGCGGCUGCAGAAGCGGGCAUUAGAGGAGUGUCAGGGUGCUGUGGGCCUGGGUGGCAAACCUCUGAGACUGAGCCUGGCUGCUAACAAUUUAAAGAACAAGCAGCAGCAGCAGCAGUCAGAGCACAAAGCGUGGCAGUCCACAUCUGGAUACAGGCACAACUAUGACCAGUACACCCAGUACCAUCAGCAGGCCUAUCCUGGGUUUUAUUCUUCCUGGGGCUAUGACCAGACUGGAGGAAUGUAUGGCUACAACUAUCCACAGUAUGAUUACUCACAGUAUUCUGCUGCACAGGAGAGUGAAACUGUUGAGGAGGACGACGGACUGGAAGAUCCAAGUCUGGAGGUGGAUGUGGUGGAGGCCAACAGGAAGUUCAUGGAGCACAGUGAGGAGCUGUACGAUGCACUGAUCGAGUGUCACUGGCAGUCUACAGAGUUAUCUACAGAGCAGGACUAUAUGACAUCCAGCCUCCCAGAACCCAUUUACUGCUGAAACUGGACUAUUUUUUUAUUUUUUUUUCUGCCGAUUUUAACGUUUAAGUUUUUUCCUCUAGUUUUUCUCCUUGUUCACAUGGAUUAUGUUUUUUUCUAAGAAGAUAAUGAAAAUAAGUUAAUGGAUUUUAUUCAAGUGUAUAAGCCUGCUGAAAAUUAAACAGCCAAAAGUGUACAACCUGC